CCUCUGCUUGGAGAGUACCUGGCACGGUUCCAGCUAGCCUGCGCAGCUCCCUCCCACAGGAAGUGAUUUCAACUUGCCGAGUCAUGGAAAACUGACAGGAGCCUGCGCGCUGGUUUCUUUCACACAGUCGUCCUAAAUCCCUCAACUCAAGCAGCGCUUCGGACCUACUCAGCAGAAGCACUCAGUUCGUCAUGGCAGUGUUAAGAGUCCUUACGGUCGCGUUCGUAUGUGUAGUGGUCGCUACAGUGGUGUCAGCUAGGGGAGAUGAGGCAGGGAAACGAUCAUCUAAACAGAGGUGCCAAGAGGCCGCCCUUAACUACACACUGCCUGAGUUAUCCCAGCCGGCAUGCAAUGUUACUGGGAAUGUCGAAGAAACAGGCCAUUCCGAGUCCUGUGAGGCAGACGAGAAAACAUUUCACAGGAAAGUCUCACGUUGCCUGAGGAAAUGGAAAGAACGGCAUAACACGUCUGCUGUCAUGGACAUGGGGCACGUCAACUGUAGUGCGGCCCUACAGGAAAGGUUCCACACCUGCGUGUUAGAGAUGACCUUCCCGUCCUGCUGUAGUCUGGAGACCUUCACACCAUUCUACCAGCAGAAGGGACCUCAACUGUUGUUCAAGAAUAUCAACAAGUUCUGCUGUAAACCUUUCCAAAAGAACCCUAAGACUUCGGCGGCGUCUGUCCGAGAGGAAAACAACAGCGAAGAGGACGACUCAGAGAAGAACAUCUCAGAAGUGGAAAAGAUGUACAAAGAAGAAAAUAAACGAUUUGGGAGUUACCUACCAACAGACAAGCCCGACAUCACAACAAUGAUUGCGACAACGCCAAAAAAAGAAGAACCUAUCCCCGUGAUGUCCGAGGAUGAAGUUGCAGAAGCCAACAGCGCGUUCGCCCUGUCGCUGUACCGGCAGCUGAGUCAGCGGACGGACGGGAACAUCUUCUUCUCCCCCUACAGCAUCUCCGCCGCGCUGGCCAUGACGUACAUGGGAGCCAGGCACACUACAGCUGCCCAAAUGGCGGAGGUUCUACAUCUGACUGAGGGAGACUUUCACCAGGCGUUCUCUAACCUCAGCAGAACCAUGUUCGGAAACCUCAAGAAGCACACGCUGGUGGAGGCCAACAAACUGUUCGGACAACAGGGGAUGAAAUUAGAAGACGAUUUCUUGAGCGGCACCUCCCGUUACUACAACGCUCGUAUGGAGAAGGUGGACUUUUUCGAUGAGGAGAGGUCUCGGUCAAGGAUCAACAGUUGGGUGUCAACUCAGACGAAAAGGAAGAUCAACGACCUCAUCCCAAAGGAUGUCCUGAACGCUCUGACCAGACUAGUUCUAGUGAACGCAGUCUAUUUCAAGGGCACGUGGCAGACGCAGUUCGACCCGAGGGAGACAUACGACCGGAAAUUCUUCGCCAGUUCCGGAAACCACGUCACGACUCCCACCAUGCAUCAGCGCGGGAAGUUCAGAAUGGCGGAUUUGCCGAAUCUGCGGUGCCGAAUGUUGGAGUUGCCUUACGCUGGCGACGAGCUGGCCAUGUUUGUCAUUCUACCGAAACAGAUGUUCGGGUUGAAGGACGUAGAGGCCGUUCUGACCAGCGAGGCCCUGUUGGACGCGACGCGCAGCAAAAGUUUACAAGAGGUGAGAAGUUUGGACGUAGCUCUUCCAAAGUUCCGUCUGACGCAUGCGCUCAGCCUGAAGAAUCAGUUGACUGCGCUGGGCAUGACGGACCUGUUCUCCAUGGAAACCGCUGACCUGUCAGGGGUCACGGGUGAGAAGGGGCUUCACGUGUCGGAGGUCCUGCACAAGGCGUUCGUAGAGGUAAACGAAGAGGGUUCGGAGGCAGCGGCGGCCACAGCAGUGGUGAUGCGGGGGCGCAGCGGGAACUUCGGCCGGUCCUUCAUGGUCAACAGGCCGUUCCUGUUCUUCAUACAGCACAAACCCACUGGAACGAUCCUGUUCUUAGGACGGGUCACCAACCCGAAUGAGUAACGAGAUGUCACAAACGGACUCCGUAUAAGUACCGUAUAGAGCCGCUAGGGGGCCCAAAAUUUAAUCGACGUCAACCGGCCGUUCCUGUUCUUCAUACAGCACAAACCCACUGGAACCAUCCUGUUCUUAGGACGGGUGACCAACCCGAAGGAGUAACGAGAUGUCACAAACGGACUCCGUAUAAGUACCGUAUAGAGCCGCUAGGGGGCCCAAAAUUUAAUUGACGUCAACCGGCCGUUCCUGUUCUUCAUACAGCACAAACCCACUGGAACCAUCCUGUUCUUAGGACGGGUCACCAACCCGAAUGAGUAACGAGAUGUCACAAACGGACUCCGUAUAAGUACCGUAUAGAGCCGCUAGGGAGCCCAAAAUUUAAUUGACGUCAACCGGCCGUUCCUGUUCUUCAUACAGCACAAACUGACAGGAACGAUCCUGUUCUUAGGACUGGUGACCAACCCGAAGGAGUGACGAUAACGUUAUACUAAAACCAGACUUCAACUACAGUACCGUGAAGAGCCAUUAUAUUAGUGGGCCCAAAACCUAAGCGUUUUAUAGUAUCACAUGCUAUCAAUACCGUCCAUCCAGACAUUCAUAAGUUAUACUGGUAAUCUACGUACAUACACAUACACUGAUACAUACAAACGCUACAUAGAGCAUAACCUUCUUGGCGAAGUUGAUAAGACAGCAAUAGGCCGAUUAAUCCACUAGAAACUCGCCACAAAGCUUGGAUUGUAAUUUUACGAAAGCUUCCAUACUCCUCAUAUCGCAGCAAGUAAUCAGACAACAUUUUUAAAUGUUUUUUUGCUGUGUUGUGUUAAUUUGUAUGUCGAUUUGUACGCGGAUGAGAGAGGAAAUUUUAUUUCACUGGCGCUUUAACAGUUUUAAACGGUUGUCAGUGGUCCGGACAGGGAAAACAUAUUGUUUUGCUGGCAUGUUCUUCUUUUUUCCCUUUUCUGCUUCUGUCAUGAGAAUUCAAUAAAAGCAAUUUAUCCUACCAAAGAGCACACGGUAGACAGUUGA